CAGGGGGAACUGCCGGGGGAACCCCAACUGCCUGGUGGGCAUCGGGGAGCAUGUCUGGCUGGGUGAGAUAGAUGAGAACAGCUUCCACAACAUCGACGACCCCAACUGCGAGCGCCGCAAGAAGAACGCGUUCGUGGGCUUAACGAACCUCGGCGCCACGUGCUACGUGAACACUUUCUUGCAGAUGUGGUUUCUUAACUUGGAGCUCCGACAAGCCCUCUACUUGUGUCCCAGCACCUGCAGCGAGUACGCGGCUGGAGAGGGCCUCCCGAAAGACAAAGACUAUGAGCCUCAGACCAUUUGUGAACACCUGCAGUACUUGUUUGCCUUGCUGCAGAACAGCAAAAGGCGAUACAUCGAUCCCUCUGGCUUUGUCAAAGCACUGGGCUUGGACACGGGACAGCAGCAGGAUGCCCAGGAGUUCUCAAAGCUGUUCAUGUCGCUGCUGGAAGAUACUUUAUCCAAACAAAAAAACCCAGAUGUUCGAAACAUAGUGCAAAAGCAGUUUUGUGGAGAGUACGCCUAUGUCACGGUCUGCAACCAGUGUGGCAGGGAGUCCAAACUCGUGUCUAAAUUUUAUGAGCUGGAGUUAAACAUCCAAGGGCACAAGCAGUUGACAGAUUGUAUAACGGAAUUUCUUAAGGAAGAAAAAUUAGAAGGGGACAAUCGUUAUUUUUGCGAAACUUGCCAGAGUAAGCAGAACGCCACGAGGAAGAUCAGGCUGCUGAGCCUUCCCUGCACGCUCAACCUGCAGCUGAUGCGUUUCGUGUUUGACAGACAAACUGGCCAUAAGAAAAAGCUGAACACCUACAUCGGCUUCUCCGAGCUCCUUGACAUGGAGCCUUUUAUGGAACAAAAAAAUGGUGUCUACGUGUAUGAACUUAGUGCCGUCCUCAUACACCGAGGCGUGAGCGCGUACUCUGGGCACUACAUCGCCCACGUGAAGGAUCCGCAGACGGGCGAGUGGUACAAGUUUAACGACGAAGACAUAGAAAAGAUGGAGGGGAAGAAACUGCAGUUGGGGAUUGAGGAAGAUCUAGCGGAACCUUCUAAAUCCCAGACUCGGAAGCCCAAGUGCGGGAAAGGGACUCACUGCUCGCGCAACGCCUACAUGCUGGUGUACAGGCUGCAAACCCGGGAGAAAUCUCUGACAAUCGAAGUACCAGCUUUUCUGCAGGAGCUGGUAGAGCGCGAUAACUGCAAGUUUGAGGAGUGGUGCAACGAAAUGGCUGAGAUGCGCAAACAGAGCGUGGCCAGAGGCAAAAUCAAACACGAAGAGGUGAAGGAGCUCUACAAAAGGUUACCCGCUGAAGCUGGUUCCCCGUACGACUUCAUCUCUCUCGAAUGGCUGCAGAAAUGGCUGGAUGAGUCUACUCCUCCAAAACCUAUAGAUAACACAGCCUGCCUGUGCUCACACGGCAAACUCCAUCCGGAUAAAAUAUCCAUUAUGAAGAGGAUAUCGGAGUACGUGGCUGAUUUCUUCUACAGGAGAUACGGAGGAGGGCCACGACUGAACGUCAAAGCACUUUGCAAGGACUGCGUGGUAGAAAGGUGUCGAAUCCUGCGACUGAAAAACCAGUUAAACGAAGACUACAAAACCGUUACGAACUUGCUGAAGAUAACAGUCAAGGGGAAUGACGGGUUUUGGGUCGGAAAGGCGUCCUUGCGGAGCUGGCGUCAGUUGGCUCUGGAGCAAUUAAAUGAGCAAGAUGAAGAUGCAGAGCACAGUAAUGGAAAAAUGAAUGGAAAUGCACAAAACAAAGAUGAAUCCAAUGAAGAGAAGAGAGAGGAGGAAGAGGAGUUAAAUUUUAAUGAAGACAUCGUUUGCCCACAUGGUGACCUGUGCAUAUCUGAAAACGAGCGGAGGGUGGUUUCGAAGGAAGCCUGGGAGAAACUCAAGCAAUAUUUUCCAAAGGCCCCUGAAUUCCCAAAUAACAGAGAGUGCUGUUCCCAGUGCAAGAUUUUGGAGCGCGAAGGGGAGGAGAACGAAGCUCUGCAUAAGAUGAUGGCCAGCGAGCAGAAGACUUCUCUCCAGAACCUCUUUCAUGAUAAAUGCAGACCUUGCCUGGGCAGCUGGCCUCAGGAGACAGAUGAGCUGUAUAUCGUUUCGCAGUUCUUUGUAGAAGAAUGGAGGAAAUUUGUCAGGAGGCCGACACGAUGCAGCCCCGUUUCCUCGGUAGGAAACAGCGCUCUGCUCUGCCCCCACGGGGGGCUCAUGUUCACCUACGCUUCCAUGACCAAAGAAGACUCCAAACUUAUAGCUCUAAUAUGGCCCAGCGAGUGGGAGAGGAUUCAAAAACUCUUCGUCGUGGAUCACGUCAUCAAGAUCACCCGAACGCAGGCUGCCGGGGCGGACCCGGAGAGCACGCUUUACGUCUCUGAGCCCCAACUCUGUCCAGAGUGCAGAGAAGGGCUGUUAUGCCAGCAGCAGCGGGACUUGCGUGAGUACACCCAAGCAACCAUCUACAUCCAUAAAGUGGUGGAUAAUAAAAAG